UGAGUUUGCUAUAUAGCUUAUGACAAGUAGUACAUGAAGAGCUAGUAGUGGAAGGGUUAAUUUUUUAUAUCCCUUUUGAUAUUUCAGUAAUAAUUUUCUAAUAAAAAAAUUUAUAUAAUUCAGCAAUUACGGGAAGGCUUAGAAAAUAAACUAUCAUUUUCUUUGGCCAGUAUGGAACAGGAAGUAAAGAAAUGUACGUUUGAUGAAGGAGGUACAGAAUUAGUAUAUUUACAAAACUUAUCAUCAGAUGAGCAGGGAGAUACAAAGAAUUGUCAUGGAUGUUUCUCCUGGUUAAAGUUUCGACGUUCAGGGGCUAAUUCUGGAGCACAUACUAUUCGAGAUCAAGUUACUACAUGGAGUGUAGAAGAAGUGUGUUCCUGGUUGAAGAAUUUACAGUUGGCUGAAUAUAAUGAUCACUUUGUUUCUCAUGAUAUACAAGGUAGGGUAUUAUUAUCAUUAACCCCUAGAGAUCUCGAGGAACUUGGUAUUACUAAAGUAGGACAUGUUAAACGAAUCUUACAAGCUAUCAAUGAUCUAAAUAAUUAGGUAUAUAAUAAUAAUAAUUUAAACAUUUAAAAGUAUAAAAUAUACAAUCAAUAAAAUAAUAUGUUAUGCCAGUUAAUAACUAUCUGGAUGCUGUAUGACGUAGGUUUUGAAUUACAUAGAUUGUUUAAGAAGUAGGACAAGGAUUGUAUCCUUAUAAUUAAAAAUUUUACGUAACAGUAAUAUGUAAUACAAGUAUAACACAAAUAUUCUAAUAAAAAGGGCACUUAGUGUGACACAGCAAUGUUAUAAGAAAAUUAUUUUCUGCACUGCUGUAUAUGAUAAAAUAAUAUUACUUGUGCCAAACUGUUGAACUGGUUUUAUGUCAAAAGACAAAUGUUUAUAUAGGAAUUAUAAGGAAAAUAUUUUAUCUUUAAAAAAAUACAAAUAUGUUAUAGUCAUGUCUAAUAAGAUAUAUUUUAAUGCAAUUCCUAUUACAAAAUAUUAUUAGACAUGAGCAUAGCAUUAAUAAUGCAUUUAUUAAACAAAAGAUUUAAACAGUGUAAAAAUUCAUUAAACUAUAAUUUAAGUUAUAUUUGUUCCUUUGUAGAAUGUACAAAAGAAAUUGAAGACUUUGAUAAUCAUAUAUAUUGAUGUAAAUUAUAAGUUUGAUGAUAUGUAUUAUAUCAUUGUUUGUUGUUUUUUAUAUUUGAUACACGUUACAACUUAGGGUUUCAGCUAAGUUUGCUUACAACAGUAUUAAUACUACAGUAUUAAUACUGUAACAGUAUUAAUAUUAAUUUGAAAACUACAUUCUAAAUUUAGAUAUGGAAUAAGUAUUGUCAAUUAUAUAAAUAAUUUACAUAUGUAUAUUCAAUUUACAAUUUAUAUUGUUUUACUCUGAGUUUAGUUUCCUGUGCAAAAAAGUAGAAUGUGUAUGUAUAUAUAUAUAUAUACAACUAUGUUUAAGGAGAAACUAUAUUUAUUACAAUAAGUAUUGAAUGACCUUCUAAUCUU